AUGAGGACCCGGAAGACGACAUUGGAAGCAACGAAAGCAUCGAAAAAAAGACAACAAUUAAAAAGUUUUGGGAAUUUGAAGGAGAAAUGUUUGUCGGCUCGGACUGCUUCAUCUUCGAGAAGUACCGGUAACAAUGAUAAUAAGAGCAAGAGGCGCGCAGCAGCAAGGAGAACUCGACUUAAUUCACGAACUUCUACUGACUUGUCUCUCAUUAUAAGGAAGGGCAGAAAGAUUUCGGCGAGAAUCAAAGAAUUUAAGCAGCAGAAAAAUUCCAUCUCUACAAAUUCUCCGAUCAAAACCAGAGGAUUGUAUAAAAAGCAAUCGCGAGAAGCAGAUCACUGUCGGCUAUGUAAAAUAAGUGCUGAUUUUAUGACAUGUUCUGUUUGCGAAAACAAAUAUCAUUUGGAAUGUUUGGGGUAUACAUCAGAAUCCGUGCGCUUAGUGUCUGAAAAACGAUUCUAUACAUGGCUUUGUCCAACAUGUACAUAUUGCUACAAUUGCAAUGACUUCAUAUAUGACCCAGAAAAUGUGCAAUGUUUUUCAUGUGAUGUAGCUUUUCACGGAACGUGCAGACCAAGUUCUGGAGCAUGGAUGAAUCCGAAGGACCCACUUUCGAAUUGGUUCUGUGCAGAAUGCAAACACCUUUUAGAUAUCGAAAAUAGUGAAUCGUCGGAUAAUUCCUCUUCAUCGAAUAGCUUCCUGCAAGAAAACGGAUCGGCGGAGAAAAAGUCCUGUUCCUGGCACUUAAGGCGUGAUUAUACAGCAGCCUAUCUCUGGAAAGCGAGGUUGCAAACUGAGCGAGAUGCCAUAAACGAUCAAUUGAAAGAUUUUUAUCGUCAGUAUUUGAAGGAUAGAGAACAGAAAGAAAGAAAUCGAAUGAAACGACAGAUGGAAAGCGAGAAUUCUUCACUGAGGAAAAAAAUGACUAUAAAAAAUGCAAAAAAGGUAAAACGAAGCGAUUCAGAAAAUGAAUCAGCUAGGAAUAUCAGUAUUAUUGAUGGUAUUAAAAUUUCUGUUCAUGGGAAGCGGGAUGCUUCCGACCAGUUAACAGAGGCUGAAAAACACCGAAUGAUGAAGGAUAACUCAACUGCUUUUGAUUAUAAUUUAUACACGGCUGCUAAAAGAGAAUUCCUGGCGUCUCAGCCGUCGGAAGAUUUAAAUGCUGAUGAAGAAAGACCACCUGAAACACAAUGGAUCCAUUUCGGUUCUGAACGUUUGCUAGCAAUGUAUCCAUCACCCUAUCCAACACGCAUUGCACAAUCAUCCAAUAUUUACGUAUGUCGAUUCUGUCUUGCAGCUCUUGCAGAUUCUACGUUGUACGAAAUACAUACGACUCACUGUGAAUGGAAGCAUCCGCCAGGGAAUGAAAUUUACCGGGACGAUAGAUUAUCGUUUUGGGAAAUCGAUGGCAUCGAUGAAAUUGCUUAUUGUCGAAGGCUAUGUUUGCUUUCUAAGUUGUUUCUGUUUUCAAAAACUCUUCAUCAUGAAGUGGAAACGUUUCUGUUCUAUAUCUUGACGGAAUAUACAGCGGAAGGUUAUAUACUCUUGGGCUAUUUCUCGAAGGAAAAAAAUCCGAGCAAAAACAACAACUUGAGCUGCUUGCUGACCCUUCCAUCAUCACAGCGAACUGGAUAUGGCAAAUUCCUCAUUGAUCUCAGUUAUAAACUUUCUUUACGAGAACGGAAAAUCGGUGGACCUGAGCAUCCACUUUCUGACAUGGGUUUAAUCACAUAUCGAAGCUACUGGAAAGCAGUAAUUACAUCCUACAUUCGAAAGCGACGACAAAUGAACUCUAUCUCGAUCAAAGAAAUGAGCAACGAAACCGGUAUACAUUCAUCAGAUAUCAUCAGUACAAUGCUUGAAAAUAAAAUGCUGAAAUAUCGUGAUGGAAACUAUUUAAUUAAUAAAAAAAAAGCAUUUGCGACACCACUGCGUAUGUUCCGCCGACGAGUUGUGCAUGAUGAGAAACUUAUUUGGGAACCUGAAUUUGAUGUCGAAGAUGCUUUUAAAAAGAUGGGCACAUAUGUUGAUUAG